AUGGGUGAAGCUCUACUCUCCGCCCCUCGCUCACCUUUUUGUCGCUUUUCGGGGCCGAUGAUGGAACCUCAUACCGCUCGAAUAGUGCAGGAGCACAUGCUGUCCCUACUCGCCUCGAGAUUGACGUGCUUGGAGUUGCAUUUUGAUGGUGGGCCCGAGUUGGUAGAGAGAAUGACAGAGCUGUCAUCCUUGGCGAGAACAGUCCUAAUGGCAGCAAAGAAUCUUCAAGCCAUCCACGUCGGCUUUCCAAGCAGGAUACCACUCGACUUACGAUUGGAGACGAUGUUUCACCAUAUCACGUGGGAGAAUCUCAGAGCAUUUGGUAUUCAGGCGUGGAGGCUGGACGGUGCCGAGAUCAUCAGUGUAGUCCGACGGCAUCGGAGGACGCUCAGGGGUUUAAGGUUACGGGAUGUUCAACUCAAGCCAGGGAGUAAAUGGCGCGACAUUUUGGUCGUCCUCCGCUACGAGAUGAGGCAGCUAGAUUGGGUGAGCCUGAGACGCAUCGACUAUGAGGAACACUUCGACGCGUUAUGGGGUGAGACGAUGGAAGUGCCGGAUCCGGAAGAUACAGCCCCUGGCUCUUCAUCUUCAUCCGCCUCGUCUACCACGUCCUCAGACGACGACGAUGUCGAAGAUCAUGCGGGAGGAGAAGUCAGCGAGGGAGACUUCAGCGAUCAGGAAAGCAUUCUUGGUAGCGAAAUCGAGGACUCUGACGAGGAUAGCACGACCGAUACUGAUCAUGGCCCUGGAGCGGACGAUAUUGCUAUCUCACCGGACACGCCGAUCACAUUGCCAUUCUGCACGUGCGACCGGAGGAGUGAGGAAGGAUUUGUUGGUGGUGACGGAAGGGCGAGGGACGAGGGCGAUGAGUUGGGGGAUAAUGGGGAAGGCGUAACGUAUCAGCAGCGGAAGAUGUGGGAGCGAUGGGUUGUGGGACGAUGUCCUGAGCAUGCUUGA